AACGAUUUUACUUGAACGUCUUGGUCUUUGUCUGGAUAAGCGUAUUCUUCAUUUCGAUUUCAACUUCUUAGUAUGGUCGUAGGGUAGCCAUCGGUUUGGGUCGGGUCAAAAUGGGUCGGCGAAGCCGGUGUAACACACUUGAAUGUUAUGAUUGUUUAUGUAUCUUCUACUGCUUUCCCUUGUACUCUGUCUUCUUCAAGUUGAUGGUCAAGCAUUCUUUACUCCAUCACCAAGUUUCCUACUUUCACAACGUCAUCACCAAUCUUCGUACCAGUAUUAUCUUGAAUGAAUGAAUUACUAAGUUUUAUCAUGAGAAGCAUAUCUAAGCCUCCAACCUGGAUAUCAAAUGGCCAAUCAU